UAUAUGUUUGUCACUCCUCCAAAAUUCAAGUAUUAAAUGCAAAAUAGUCUCAGGAGGACAUGUAAAAUCCAUGAAACAGAAACUUUCAUUUGCAUCUUAACAAAUUAUGGAUAGGCAUUCAGUCUGAACACACUUUCUCUAGACUAGCUAUAUUUUGUAGAAAUAUUCGGAGAAGUCUUCAUCAAGAUAUUUCUGAUUCCAUCACAAGCCAUUACUGGGGCAAUUUCAAGUCUUUAUAUAAUGAAUGAGAAGAAAGUCACACUUCCAUCAAACAGCCAAUAUAGGACUCAUUCUGCAGCAGGUAAUCUAAGACAGAUAUAACAGAAGAAAUAUUAAGGAUUAGCCAAUAUGCUAAGUGUAGUGGAUGGCAUCUUCAUUUUUGUUAUAAUUAGUGAGUCAGUAUUGGGCACGUUAGGGAAUGGAUUUAUUGGACUUGUAAACUGCAUUGACUGUGCCAAGCAUAAGUUCUCUACGAUUGGCUUUAUUCUAACUGGCUUAGCUAUUUCUAGAAUUUGUCUGAUAUGGUUACUAAUUGCAGAUGGAUUUAUGCAUAUAUUCUCUCCAGAUAUAUAUUUAUCUAAUGCAUUCAACCUAGUUGAAGGUAUUAGUUACUUUUGGUUAAUUAUUAAUCAAUCAAGUAUAUGGUUUGCCACAAGCCUCAGCAUCUUCUAUUUCCUGAAGAUAGCAAAUUUUUCCAACACCAUAUUUCUCUGGUUGAAGAACAGAAUAAACAGGAUUCCUACCUUUCUGAUGGGAUGCUUACUUAUUUCAUGGUUACUUAGUUUUCCACACACUGUGAAGAUGUUUAAUGAUCAUAAAAUGAAGAAUGCCACAGUCUGGCUUUUCAACAUGAAUAGAAGUGAAUACUUUAUUAAACAGGUUUUGCUAAAUCUGGGAGUCAUUUUUUCCUUUACACUAUCCCUAAUUACAUGUGUUUUGUUAAUCAUUUCCCUUUGGAGACACAACAGGCAGAUGCAAUUGAAUCUGACAGGAUUCAGGGAUGUCAACACAGAAGCUCAUGUGAAGGCAAUGAAAGUUUUGGUAUCUUUCAUCAUCCUCUUUAUCUUGUAUUUUGUAAGCAUUAUCAUAGAAAUAUCAAUUUUUUCUGUGCCAGAAAACAAACUUCUGCUUAUGUUUGGAAUAACGACCAGUGUCAUCUAUCCCUGGGGUCAUUCAUUUAUCUUAAUUCUAGGAAACAGCAAACUAAAGCAAGCCUCUUUGAGGGCACUGCAGCAAUUAAAGUGCUGUGAAAAACGGAAAAGUCUCAGAGCCACAUAGACAUCUUCAGGGCAAAUGAAU